GAGCGCAGGCCCCGGAGGGGAAGAUUUACUCUUGUUUACCUGUGAAGCCCAAAGCAAGAGCUGUGCUUGUCACCUCUUCCUUUCAGCGUUUGUGAGAAAACUGAGAAGAUGGUGAAUGUUCUGAAAGGUGUGCUGGUUGAAUGUGACCCAGCAAUGAAGCAGUUUCUGCUCUACUUGGAUGAGUCAAAUGCAUUGGGGAAGAAGUUCAUCAUACAAGACCUGGAUGAAACUCACGUCUUUGUAUUAGCUGAGUUGGUUAACUUCCUCCAGGAGAGAGUGGGCGAGUUAAUGGACCAGAACUCUUUUCCUAUUACUCAGAAGUAGAAAGUCUAGGGAAAAGAGAUUACUGCAGGUUUUGGAAUAGUGAAUUUCAAUAGCUUGGAUUGUUACUGUUUUAAUAAAUACACUGUAGUUACUAAGUUCCACAUGGGAGUGGGUACUCUAGAAAAUGGAUUGUUUUCAUAGACAUACUCUUCAAUUGUAUUUAUAAGUUUGAAAAAAAUCAUGCUAUCUUUAUUAAAAUCCUUAAAAUCAUAAA